UUUAAGGGGAGCUUGUGAGUAGGUAGGGCUAGGGAGGCCACGUCAGCACUGUUUGUGAGUUGUGUUGAGACCCAGAACUUUGCGUUUUCUUCCGCAGCCCACACAGAGUUUGCACCAGUGCUGCUGCUUGUGAGAGAGAGACAACGACUCUCUUCCACUCUUUCUUUGGCGGCGGCGGCGGCGCGUCGUUUUCUCUCGGCUUCACUCAUAAUUUCUUCUCUGGUUUGGUGCAUUUCAUUCUGAUUCAUUAUGGCCAAUGGUCCGGCUCCGUUUUCUGAUAUUGGAAAAAGGGCGAGAGACCUUUUAUACAAGGAUUACAACUUUGACCACAAGUUUAGCCUGUCAAUUCCAAACUCCACUGGAUUGGGGCUUGUAGCAACAGGAUUGAAGAAGGAUCAAGUUUUUGUUGGUGACAUAAGUACGCUCUACAAGAGUGGAAAUACUACAGUGGAUGUGAAAGUUGAUACAUACUCUAAUGUAUCCACAAAAGUUACUGUGAAUGAUAUCUUGCAUGGUACAAAAGCUGCUUUGAGCUUCAACAUACCUGAUCACAAGUCAGGGAAGCUGGAUGUGCAAUACCUUCAUCCUCAUGCCGCCAUUGAUUCUAGUAUUGGUUUGAAUCCAUCCCCUCUAUUGGAGCUUUCAGCUGCAAUUGGCAGCAAAGAUCUUUGUCUGGGUGCUGAAAUUGGAUUUAAUACAACUUCUGCUUCGUUCACAAAAUAUAAUGCUGGAGUUACCUUCAAUAAACCAGAUUUCUCCGCAGCACUUAUGCUGGCUGAUAAAGGACAGACCCUGAAGACAUCUUACAUUCAUUAUGUUGAUCGCCCCGAUGGAUUCACAGUUGCUGCUGAAAUGACGCACAGGUUUUCCACCUUUGAUAACAAAUUUACUAUUGGGAGCUCACAGUUAAUAGAUCCCAAGACAGUUUUGAAGACUCGGUUCAGUGACGAUGGCAAAGCAGCCUUUCAAUGUCAACGAACAUGGAGGCCAAAUUCACUUAUAACUCUGUCUGCUGAAUAUGACUCCACGAAGAUCUUUAGUUCAUCCACCAAGUUCGGUCUUGCUCUUUCUCUGAAGCCUUAACUUGGCCAUCCUAUUAAAUCUGAUUCGGUGACUUCAACCUUUACCGCUAUCAUUUUUCAUUGUUUCCAAAACCCGUAGUUGGUUGUUUUAAGCCCCCUAUCAUAAGGUAAACCAAAGAAACUAGUAAUAUUUGUGAAUUCUAAAGCGGCACAGGGAAGGAGGACCCAGUUUUGAAAUACUUACAUAAUGGCUAGAGGGUGUUGUAGCUGAUUUGUGAUACUACCAUCCAGGAUCUAGCAUAUGAUUUUGGGGCCAAAUUCUAUAAUUUGAUAUAGUGACUCAUUUCAUAUUAUUUUCGCAGUAAUAUCUUCUCAAAUGGCACCCCUGUUACCGUU